CCCAUGGAGAGCGUGCGCGUGCGCGCGACUCACCUUUCGGCCUAGGGCGCGCGCCCUGGAAAAUUCCACUCCCCAGCUCGCUCCGCCCUCUGCGCCUUUUCUCGGGCUCGGUGAUCUGCGGCUAAGCUAGCAUCCCGGCGGCCUUUGCGCGAGCAAAAUGGCAGCCCCCGUUUCUCAGGGCUUGUCCUUGUUAUCCAGGACUUUGGGAUGGUGGUCUCGGCAGCCCAUUCUGGUGACUCGGUCCACAACUGUAGUUCAAGUUAAAACCAAAAGUCGUUUUAGACCCCCAACUCCUGAACCCAAGUACAAAACAGAGAAGGAGUUUUUGGANUAUGCCAGGAAAGCAGGAUUGGUCAUUCCACAAGAACGGUUGGAGCGCCCUAUACAUUUGGCCUGUACAGCUGGUAUAUUUGAUCCCUAUGUUCCACCAGAGGGUGAUGCUCGAAUGUCAUCUCUUUCAAAGGAAGGAUUGACGCAGAGAACUGAGCGAUUGAGAAAGAAUGUGGCAUCACAGCUGGCAAUCCGAAAGAUAAGAGAAUUUGAUGCUAAUUUUAAAACGAAAGACUUCCCUGAAAAAGCUAAGGAUAUUUUCAUUGAAGCUCACCUUUGUCUAAACAACUCAGACCAUGACCGUCUUCAUACCUUGGUAACUGAACACUGUUUUCCGGACAUGGUCUGGGACCUCAAGUACAAGACUGUACGCUGGGGCUUUGUGGAAUCUCUAGAGCCAGCCCAAGUGGUUCAUGUCCGUUUUUCAGGCCUGGUGAACCAGAGCAACAUGUAUGGCCAGGUCACCGUGCGCCUACACACUCGGCAGACUUUGGCCAUUUAUGAUCGGUUUGGCAGAUUGAUGUAUGGACAGGAAGAUGUACCCAAGGAUGUCCUGGAGUAUGUGGUGUUUGAAAGACACUUGAUGAACCCGUAUGGGAGCUGGAGAAUGCAUGCCAAGAUUGUGCCCGCGUGGGCGCCCCCUAAGCAGCCCAUCCUCAAGACCUUGAUGAUUCCUGGUCCUCAACUGAAGCCCUGCGAGGAGUACGAAGAGAAACAGGGGGAGGCCCAGAAGCCUCAGCUAGCCUGAUGGCGUGAAUGACUCCUGAGGAGCCUAGCAGUUGUGGUGAACACCUUUAAUCCCAGCACUCAGCAGGCAGAGGCAGGUGGAUUUCUGUGAGUUCAAGGCCAGCCUGGUCUACAGAGCAAGUUGCAGGACAACCAGUGCUACACAGAGAAACCCUGUCUCAGAAAAAACAAAAACAAAAAGAAAAAAAAGGAAAAAGACAAAAAGACUCUUGAGGUGUUCGGAUGGGGCUGCAAAGUCACCUGUACCCCGAAGACUCCAUGCUGUCUCCUGUCCUGCCUGGGUCAGCAGCCCCCCAAACCCCUCACAGUCAUGGCUGAUUGUGUGGCCGGGUGGUGGCUGGGGUGACCCGCCUUGGAGCAUCUUCUGUUUACAGCCAUGUUCAGCUUCUGAGGUGAAAUGAGAAGCAGCAGCAGAGAGAGCAAACGCGACGCUGGGCUUUUCCCAGCAGCAGCAAACUGUGGCAUUAGACCCACAGCUUUCUUUUUUCUAAUUCUAGUCCGAGUCAGCAUUUGGAAUAAAAUACUGUCAAAGAGUUGGA